CUUUCACGACACCAUCCUACAUUUCUACUCACAAGUAAGCAAGAAAAGAAAACCAAGUUUCAAGAAAAUGUCUCUUGUUACAGAAGAGAUCAAGGCCAAAGCUGAGGUCUACCAUGGAGAUGAAAUCUGCCAAGACAAGACAAAGCUUCUGCUCGCAGAAGUUGGUCUUCCUAAUGGACUUUUGCCCUUACAUGACAUUUUAGAAUGUGGGAUUGUAAGAGAGACAGGUUUUGUGUGGCUGAAGCAGAAGAAGAGCAUAACCCACAAAUUUGAGAAAAUCGGUAGGCUCACAACUUAUGCACCUGAGGUCACAGCAGUGGUGGAGAAAGGGAAGAUUAAAAAAUUAACAGGGGUUAAGACCAAAGAGCUCUUGCUUUGGGUCACACUUAGUGACAUUUAUUUGGAUGAUCCACCUACCGGGAAAAUCACUUUCCAAACUCCUGCAGGGCUCUAUAGGACUUUUCCAGUUUCAGCUUUUGAGGUUGAAGAACCAAAGAAAGAUGUUAAGGAAGAAGUGAAGGAAGUCAAGGCAGCUGUUGAAGUGAAGGAUGUGUGAGUGAGUUCUUAUUCAGUUGUUAUCAAGUUUCAUUUUCUUGCUAUCUCCAUGAUAUUUAAUGUAUUAAGCUGGCGUUUACUGGUAAUAAAAUGACUUCUAAUUUUAUAAAAA